UCCGGUGCGACAUUCAAAAGAACAACUUUCAUUUUCCCAAAGAUCAAGCUAAGGGAUACUCAGAUGAAGACCAUGAGGGUCCUCGUUGUGUGUGCAGUUGUGAUGAGCUUCUAUUUCACAGAUGCGAUGCCUUUCAACGACUGCCGCGAUCAUUACGAGCUUUGUGGAAAAUGGGCGAAACAUCAGUAUUGUGAAAUGACUGACUACAAGGACUACAUGACUCUAGUGUGUCCGUACUCUUGCGGUCAAUGUGAUGACAUUUUUGAUGAUUUGGGUGCAUCAGGAAAGGGCGCUUCCGGUAGUGCUGGCAGGCAAAAAGUGAUACCGGAAGUUGUUGCAGACUUUGAGGACUUUAAACGAUUAGGUGGCAGCACUGCAAAAUCCAAUAAAGAAUCAGAAAACAUUGAUGAUAGCUCCUUUCAAAGCCUGUCAGGGUCUGGAGAAAGUCAGAUAGAGCCUCUUUUUCGAGAGUCAAACAGCAGAGAAACAGAAAAUCAAUCUCAUGGGGACACCGCACAGCAGAACGAGUCAGAUGAUCAACAGGAGUCUAAUUCCGGUUCCGGUGCUGAUUCUACUGGUGCUAAUUUUUGGCCUGUUGUUAGAACUGAACCUGACGCAGACGCGAGAGGAAGCGACAGAGAGCCCCACUUGAUCAGGAGAUCUGAAGUACCUUCGCUUGACUUGUAUAAAAGAGCUUCUAACGAAGAUAGCAGCGCCACGAAUAGCGAAUUAACGUCAGGAGAGCAGUUGACUCAAAGGAGCGAUGCUCCCACCGCUAGUGGAUCCGGUGAGGAUCUCACUUCCGGAGAAGACGACGCACCCUUCGAUACUUCCUCUGCUGAUUCAGAGUCUGAUUCUGGUUGUUCUUCCGGUUAUGGGUGUUACUCAUCUGAGGGUGCGCAGGGAGGGGACGGUGGGGGAAUCAAUUCGCGUUCGGUGAUCUCUCAAGCGGAAGAAAGAGCUGCUGCUUCUGGCAGCGCUUCCGGUGAUUUCGCGCCUAUCAAGAAUGCUUGGGUGCAGUCUCAUCUUGAUGCAGCUGCCGGUCCUUAUGAUGACGAAGCAUCUGGGUCUACUUUUGAAGGUUCCGGUUCUGAAAGCAAUACCCGUCUUGAGAUCGCCCUCCCUGAAAAUGGUUCGGGGUUUGGUAAGGAAGGCGCACAGCCAGAGACAGAUUUACACGAGAUCGAGGACGCCAUUUUUGAGAGUGGCAUACCUCUGGACUUAACACGUGACACCAGUUCCGGUUCCGGUUCCGGUUCCGGUUCUGUUAUACCCAGUCCUCCUCCAAUUGAAAGUUUCCAUGGCAGUGAGACUUCCGCUUCGGGGUCUGGUGCAGCUGAAAAGGCCGAGAGUAUGCAGCUGUUUGUGGCGCCUCAACUCCACAAGAGAAUCAGUCUUAUGGAGAAGAUGAUGAAGCUUGGGAAACUUCAGGCCAUCAAAAUAACACAUCACACUGUGGGAGCGUCCAGUCGGAAUGAAGUACCACGUGUGGACUACGCGGACGAUGAUUCACAAAUGCUAUCGGAUUUAGGAAAAGGAAGGAAAGUGUCGUUUGUUUUGAAUCAAGAUUUCCAUAGUGGGUAUGCGAAUGAAAAUUCAGCGGCUUACAACAUUCUCGCAAACAGCGUGAAACAAGAGGUGGAAAACGCUCUAGGAAGUAAAGCAGCAGUCUCCGAAAUUGCAUUCUCAGAGGUUCGUGAGCCAAUAGCGCACUCACCUAGAUUCUCCAAGGUAAUGGUCUCUUUCAAACUUCUCGGUGAUGUUUCCAAACUGGAGAAAAAGGUCAAACAAGGAAUGAUCAAUGGUCUAGUUGUGGACAAGACGUUUUUCCAUGAUGCGCCUUGAACAUCAAGCAAGGAUUCGUGGAAACUUUUAUAGUUUUUAAGGACAAAAAAAAAACAUGGACUACAAAAGGCGUUUUAAAAAUAUUUCGACGAAGACCAGCUAGUUCCCAGGCCCUUCUCCCCUCCCACCUCUUUCUCUAAGAAGUGAGGUGAUCCAAAAACUUAGAGAAAUAAUGUUUUCAUCUUGAAAAAUUUUUAUUCUCAAUCUAUCAAGCCCGUUUUGACCUAUAUGCUUUAGUUUUCUUCAUCUUAGGCAACCCUAAUUUCUUUACCACGGCUUAUUUUGUUGUUUAUUGUGCGUAUUUUUAACUUACCAAACUAUCUCGACGAUUCCAUAAAAGAAAGUUGAAAUAAAAAUAAUGACCCUGAUUACUUGAAAGGAGAUAGGAUCAUUUUUGCUAUUGAAGCUAGCAUUUCCUCGACCUAACCUUAACACUCCUGGACUGACAUAUUCCAAAUGAUUCAAUGCUAUUGAACUGAUCCAAUCUUCUGGCUGACUUGGACGUUUUCGAAAAAAACCUGCCAAUUUAAAGAUCGAUUUUUAUAUUUAGAAGUGGAACAAAGGAUAUUUAUUUCCUUGUGGGGUUAUAAGGUAAACCAAAAGACUGGUAUUUAUAUAUUUACAAAAAACCUUAGGGGGGAAAAGGGUAUGUAAGGCGUUUUAGGUAACUUUUUAUAACUACAAGUACUAUUGUUAAUUUAUUAAAUGUAAAUCCAGAAUUUUCUGAGGUUCGACAUCAAAAUGAGUUGAGGAAAUAAAAGUUAUUGUGCUAUUCUCGGGCUGCGUGUAUGUUAUGAUGUUCAUGUGUCAGUCGGACACC